CCGCCGGAACCGGUCGGUGCCGCUGCGAGGCUCCGGGCUUGGAGUGCGAGGGUGGAGCGCGGAGGUACUAACUCCGCCCGGGGACCCUCCAGGCCCGACGGCCCCGGCGCGAUCAGACCCUCCCCGCCCUCACGAUGCCGAACUCUCGGUCCUGGAGGCCGCUGCUGCUGGUGCUCUCGCUGCGGGGGCUGCUGCCCCAGAGCGCGGAGGCAGGAUCUGAGGGGCAGACGGCGAGAGGGCUGUACCAGCGCUGGGAACGGUACCGCAAGGAGUGCCAGGAGACCCUGGAGGCCGCGGAGCCCCCCUUAGGCCUCGCCUGUAACGGGUCCUUCGAUAUGUACGUCUGCUGGGACUACGCUGCACCCAACGCCACUGCCCGUGCGUCCUGCCCCUGGUACCUGCCCUGGCACCACUACGUGGCUGCAGGCUUCGUCCUCCGCCAGUGUGGCAGUGACGGCCAGUGGGGACCUUGGAGAGACCACACGCAGUGCGAGAACCCAGAGAAAAAUGGGGACUUUCAGGACCAAAGGCUGAUCUUGGAGCGCCUGCAGGCCAUGUACACCGUCGGCUACUCCGUGUCCCUUGCCACGCUGCUGCUAGCCCUGCUCAUCCUGAGUUUCUUCAGGCGGCUGCGCUGCACUCGGAACUACAUCCACAUGAACCUGUUCAUGUCGUUCAUGCUGCGGGCAGCGGCCAUCCUCACCCGGGACCGGCUGCUGCCUCCUCCUGGCCCGUAUCCUGGGGACCGGGGCCCUACCCUGUGGAACCAGACCCUAGCCGCUUGCCGCAUGGCCCAGAUCGUGACCCAGUACUGCGUGGGUGCCAACUACACGUGGCUGCUGGUGGAGGGCGUCUACCUGCACAGUCUCCUGGUGCUCGUGGGCGGCUCCGAGGAGGGCCACUUCCGCUGCUACCUGCUCCUCGGCUGGGGGACCCCCGCUCUUUUCGUCAUUCCCUGGGUGAUCGUCAGGUACCUGUACGAGAACACGCAAUGCUGGGAGCGGAACGACGUCAAAGCCAUUUGGUGGAUCAUUCGCACGCCCAUCCUCAUGACCAUCUUGAUUAAUUUUCUCAUCUUUAUCCGCAUUCUUGGCAUCCUUUUGUCCAAGCUGAGGACACAGCAGAUGCGCUGCCCAGACUACCGCCUGAGGUUGGCCCGCUCCACGCUGACGCUCGUGCCCCUGCUGGGCAUCCACGAGGUCGUGUUUGCUCCCGUGGCAGAGGAACAGGCCCGGGGAGCCCUGCGCUUCGCCAAGCUCGCCUUUGAGAUCUUCCUCAGCUCCUUCCAGGGCUUCCUGGUCGGCGUCCUCUACUGCUUCAUCAACAAGGAGGUGCAGUCGGAGAUCCGCCGAGGCUGGCACCGCUGUCGCCUGCACCGCAGCCUAGGCGAGGAGCGGCGUCAACUUCCGGAGCGCACUUCCCGGACCAGGCGCUCAGGCUCUGGUCCCGACCAGGUCCCCACCGGCCGCGCCUUGUCCUCAGGGACCCUACCAGGACAUGGGGAUGAAGCCAGCCGGGUCUUGGAAAGUUACUGCUAGGUAGCCGGAUUCUGGCAUGCGUGUGUUCAGUCAGCACGUAUUUUUGAGCGCCUACUGUUUGCUGGUAGGGUGUGGGGGACGCUGGGGAAAUGGGAGCGAAGGAAAUAGAAAGGGUCUCUGCCUUCCUGGAGAUCACAAUUGAGAAGGGGAGAAUACAGCUUCCACAAAACAUCAAGUUUUAUCUGUGCCGUGAAAUGGCACUAGAAGAAGGGCCUAGGGUGGUCUGGGAGGCCACCUCUGAGGAGGUGACCUAAGUCGUCCCAGAAAGAGGCAGAGGAAGCAACUUUGCAAAGAAUUGGAGGGUAAGGUUCUAGGUGGAGGAAACAGUAUAUGCAAAGGCCCUGGGGCAGCAGGGGGCUUGGCUGUGGCUGAGAAGAGGCCUGCACAGCCAGAGUGGAAUGAACCAGGGCCAACAGAUGGGAGAAGGGAGUGGGUAGGGCACCAGAGUUGGGGUUUGAUUCCAGGUGCACUGAAGAUUCACAGGAGGGUCUUGUGGGCUAAUGUUUUAAACAGACCCUCUGUCUGUCCUGCGGAGGGAGACAGCUGCUCACUGGCGGCAGGGGUGGGAGCGGAAACCCAGAGAGGAGGCUACCAGUGCAGGGUGAGGGUGAAGGCUGAGCCAGGUUAGAGGCCAUGAGGAGCAUCAAGCCGUUAGUUUCUGGAGCUAUUUAUUUCAAAGAUAACUCUGAGAUUUGCAUAAGGAAAGUGCGAAGAAGGAAGUCCAGGGAGCCUCUGGGUUUGGGUGGGUGGAGCGCAGCAAGGUGGGGAGAGUGGGUUGAGGAAGGGAGAAUCAAGACUGCGCUUUGGCAAAGCCUGCAGGAUACCUAGGGGAGCUGGGAACGGGGCCAGAACCGCCAGAAGUUGGCGCUGGAGAUUGGAAAGUGUGGCCCCUGGAUCCAGAGAAGAGGAUCCUGCGUGCAGACAGAAACUUGGGGGCAACCGAAGGCAGGUGAGCUGAAACCUAGUAGCCAGAGCAAGCCAGGGCCGCUGCUAGCUGAGAAGAGGGUGCACGUUCCCCUCUCCUGAGAUGGGCGGGGCCCCUCGGAACUGGGAGAUUAGGGGGGAAGCGGACAGCCUCACUGUGGCUGGGCCGCCUGUAUACACCAAGACUUGAGUCGUCAAUCUUCCCCACACGCACACACUAGACUCCAUCUGGUGUUGCUGAGUAUCAUAGCCGGGUCCCUGGCUCCCUGGACAGACGUGCCCCGUAGUGUAGUUAUACUCAGAGCCUUUCCAAGCUUGUGACUCUACUGAUCCCCACCUCCCAGUUUUGGUGGAGGAGCCCUAAAGCAGGGCUCUGUGACAAAAGAUGAUGGGAUGAAUCUUCUUGGCCAAGCCAUCAAGGGAAAGAACUGCAGGGGGCUGCAUGGCUGGUGGGGCCUGACUCAACUUCGGCCACAUGUCGCCAUGAGAAAACAGACAUGGCACUGCCACUGUCCCCCUACUUGAGGAUCCAAAAUUGGGAAAGUGACAUGUAAUUUCCUGACAGUAUUUAUUUGUGGCGUGUAUAAAUUAAAAGUGUGUAUUGGGGCCAGCAGGUGGGGCGGUGGUUGGAGCACUUGACUCGUACAUGGCCGACUGUGGUUCGAGUCCCAUACCUGGUAGCUUACUUUCUCCCUUUCCCUGUCUCU